CAGGUGCCCCACCCCCGGCGCGUGGGCGUGGCCCAGGCUGUCCCUGCUACACACCCUGUUUCUUGCCCAUCAGACCGCACCAUGGCCAAGCCACAGGAGCUCAGCCGCUCACAGGUGUGCGGGAUGCUACGCCAGGAGCUGUGCCAGGGGCAGGACUUCCACCCCACUGAUGCACAUGUCUUUGUCAUCCUUGGUGCCUCUGGCGACCUGGCCAAGAAAAAGAUUUACCCAACAGUCUGGUGGCUAUUCCGUGACGGACUUCUGCCUGAUGACACCUACGUUGUUGGCUUUGCCCGCUCUCAGCUCACCGUGGCUGACAUCCAGCGUCAGAGCGAGCCCUACCUCAAGGUGGUGCCAGAGGAGCGGGAGAAGCUGGAGGCCUUCUUCGCCCGCAACAGCUAUGUGUCAGGGCGCUACGAUGAGCCCGCAGCCUUUGCCCACCUGGACGCCCACCUGCGCAGCUUGCCCAAGGGCAACCAGGCCAACCGGCUCUUCUACCUGGCCCUGCCCCCCAGCGUCUAUGAGGACGUCACCCACCACAUCAAGGAGGCCUGCAUGGGCCAGGGGAGUUGGACACGGGUAAUUGUGGAGAAGCCAUUCGGCAAAGACCUAGCAAGCUCGGACAAGCUGUCAAACCACAUUGCGGGGCUCUUCCGUGAGGACCAAAUCUACCGCAUCGACCACUAUCUGGGCAAGGAGAUGGUGCAGAAUCUCAUGGUGCUCAGGUUUGGGAACCGGAUCUUCGGGCCCAUCUGGAAUCGGGACAAUGUGGCCUGCGUCAUCCUGACCUUCAAGGAGCCCUUUGGCACAGAGGGCCGUGGCGGCUACUUUGAUGAGUUCGGCAUCAUCCGCGAUGUGAUGCAGAACCACCUGCUGCAGAUGCUCUGCCUUGUGGCCAUGGAAAAACCAGCUUCCACCCACCCUGACGACGUGCGGGAUGAGAAGGUGAAGGUGCUGAAAUGCAUCUCACCAGUGGGGCUGGGUGAUGUGGUGCUGGGCCAGUACAUGGGUGACCCCACAGGGCAGGGUGAGGCAUGCCAGGGUUACCGCGACGACCCCACUGUGCCCCCUGGCUCCAACACUCCCACCUUCGCUGCCGCCACCCUCUAUGUCCACAAUGAGCGCUGGGAUGGGGUGCCAUUUGUGCUGCGCUGCGGGAAGGCAUUGAAUGAGCGCAAGGCUGAGGUGCGGCUGCAGUUCCGGGAUGUCCCAGGUGACAUCUUCCAAAACCAGUGCAAGCGCAAUGAACUGGUGGUGCGGGUGCAGCCCAACGAGGCCGUCUACACCAAGAUGAUGACCAAGAAGCCUGGCAUGUUCUUCAACCCCGAGGAGUCUGAGCUCGAUCUCACUUAUGGCAGUCGCUACAAGGAUGUGAAGCUGCCAGAUGCCUAUGAGCGCCUCAUCCUGGACGUCUUCUGCGGGAACCAGAUGCACUUUGUGCGCAGCGAUGAGCUGCGCGAGGCCUGGCGCAUCUUCACCCCCCUUCUGCACCAGAUCGAGGCUGAGAAGGUCAAGCCCAUCCCCUAUGUCUAUGGCAGCCGGGGCCCCCCCGAAGCAGACGAUCUGCUGAAGAAGGUUGGCUUCCAGUAUGAGGGCACCUACCGCUGGGUGAACCCCCACAAGCUCUGAGCCCUGGCGCCUGCUGCUGUCCACCUCCACCUGUGAUCCCCCGCCCCCAGCUCUGUUUAGCUGUGGUCCCUGAUGGGGGCAGAAGGAUUCCCUCCCCCACUCUAAGACCAGGGCUGGGGAAGGGAGUGUAACUCCUAACCUCUCUGCCAGCUGCUAAGACCAGAUGUGUCACACAUGCACUCCCACCUGCAACCCCCCACCUCCCACACAACCAAACACACCUACACCCUCCUUCCACACACAUAUGCUCCCAUACAUAUACUCUCACACUCAGCAAUACCCACGCUCCCAUACAUAUACUUUCACCCACCCACACCUACACUCUCACUUCCUCCCCACACACAGACACACGCUCCCACAGACACUACCAUUCACCCAGACACGCUUCCCACCCCCACAGCCCCACUCCUACUCCAUGAGACUUUGUGGGGCUGGUGACAGGGACCCCAACCUGUUGGGACUCUGCACUCCACAGCCCCCACCCAUUGCUGCCUGCUUUGCUGGUAACAUUCCAGCCCCGGCCAUGGCACCGGGGCCAGGCACAUGCUGCCGACAUGUUAAUAGAGAUUGUGGCCAUCA